AUGAACAACAAGGCAGGGCUCCUUGAGCCGAAGGAAGAGGAUGGUCCGAUGCUGCCAGUGGCCAACCCUGAUCUGGAUGGGAAAUAUCCUCCAAAGGCGAAGCCCUCGGUCCCCGCAGCGGUCUAUGUAGUAUCUUGGAUCUCCCUCAGCUCCGCAGUCAUCCUCCAUAACAAAUGGCUCCUCGACAGUCUCAAUUUUCGUCUCGCCGCCCUCCUAACCCAGAUCAUGGCACGAUGGACAACCCUCCUCGAUAGCCGGCACAAGAUCAAGAUGACUCCCCAAGUCUACAUGCGCGCCAUCCUCCCCAUCGGCAUAACCUUCAGCUUCAGUCUGAUAGGCAGCAACCGCGCCUACCUCUACCUCUCGGUCGCCUUCAUCCAGAUGCUCAAGGCCACCACCCCCGUAGCCGUGCUCCUAUCCGGCUGGCUCCUUGGCGUUAGCCGCCCCAACCUCAAAGUCUUGCUCAAUGUCUCCAUCAUCGCUUUCGGUAUCCUCCUUGCUUCCAUUGGAGAGAUCGACUUUGUCCCCAUCGGCGUGUUCUUCCAGCUGGGAGCCGUCGUGUUCGAGGCUACUCGUCUUAGCAUGGUUCAAAAGUUACUCACCGCCGAGUUCAAGAUGGAUCCUCUUCUCUCCAUCUAUUACUAUUCCCCCAUCUGCGCUGUCCUCAAUUUCAUUGUCGCCUUGAUCUGGGACAUUCCCAAGGUGACCGCCGCCGAAUUCGCCAAUGUUGGCUUCUUCAAUUUCGCAAUUAGUGGCAUGUUUGCCUUCUUUCUCAACUUGGCCGCCGUCUCACUCAUCGGCAAAACUUCAGCCGUAGUUCUCACCCUCUGCGGUGUCCUCAAAGACAUUCUUCUCGUCACGGCCUCCAUGAUCAUCUGGGGCACCGAAGUAACCGCCCUCCAAGCCUUUGGCUACUCGAUAUCCCUCUGCGGCAUCAUCUACUACAAACUCGGGUACGAUGCCGUCAAGAAAUUGUUUGUCGACGCUGGUAGCUCUGUCUCCUCCCUUGGCGCGAGCAAACCUCUCUUGCGUCGCGCUUCCUUGGUUGCGGGCGUAUUGCUCAUUGUCUACUUGUUGCUACGGAGCUUUAGGCCGUAUUCUCCGUUUGAUCGGGAUACCAUGCUAACAAGCUCUUCAUGA